AUGGUUCAAGUUAAAGUCAAGGAAGGAUUGUUGGAAGGAGAGCUGAAUGAAAAUUAUUUAGGAGGAACAUAUUGUAGCUUUAAGGGCAUUCCUUACGCUGAGCCUCCUGUUGGUGAACUAAGAUUUAAGCCACCGCAACCGAAAAGUCCUUGGGAUGGAGUCCGAGAUGCAAAAAAAUUUGGAUCUAUUUGCUAUCAGUUCGAUUUGCAUUCUAUCGAUUCACUUCCAGCCGGCAGUGAAGAGUGUUUGUAUUUGAAUGUAUAUACACCGGAAAUUAAACCGGAAACUCCUUUUCCAGUCAUGUUUUACAUCCACGGUGGAGGGCUUGUCAGCGGCAGUGGUAAUGAUGAUAUGUACGGUCCUGAAUUCUUAGUAAGACACGGAGUGAUCCUUGUGACCUUCAAUUAUAGGCUAGAGGUUCUAGGGUUUCUCUGUUUAGACACAAAAGAUGUCCCAGGCAACGCUGGAAUGAAAGAUCAAGUAGCUGCAUUAAGAUGGGUAAACGAAAAUAUUGCUAACUUCGGUGGUGAUCCAAAAAACAUUACAAUUUUUGGUCAUAGUGCUGGUGGUUGCAGUGUUACCUACCAUUUGAUAUCACCGAUGACAAAAGGUCUAUUUAAGCGCGCUAUUGUCAAAAGUGGGUCCUUCACCUGUCCAUGGGGUAAUAUUUUUGAACCUCGAGAAAGAGCGCUUGCAUUAGCCAGAAAAUUUGGAUUCUAUUCUGAAGACGACACAGAACUUUACGAAUUCUUUAAAUCCUUGCCAAAGGAAUCCCUUAUUAGUAUACAAGUACCAAUCACAUUGGCUGAAAAAGCCAAAGAAUCAUUCGAUGUCAAUUUCGGCGUUGUAGAUGAAAAGAAAUUUGGCAACAAUGAAAGAUUUAUAUUUGGAGAUGUGACUGAAAUACUGCGUAACGGCAUACACGAAGGCGUUGAUCUUUUAAUGGGAUAUACAGAAGACGAAGGUCUUAUAAACAUGAGAACGGGAAUACCGUUAGAAAAGAUUUGCGACUACGCUAAUGAAUUUCGUGAAUUUUUUGUUCCCAAACCUAUUGCUCAUAAUUGUACGCUAAAGGAGCAGUUUGAGGUUGCAAGGAGAAUAAGAAGGUUUUAUUUUAAUAAUGAAAUGGUUAACAUGGAAAACAUAAACGAAUUAAUAAAAUUUUUCUCUUUAAACAUGUUUACAUAUCCUAUGUUCCAACUGGCAAGAAGUUGUUCCAAGAAAACCAACGUUUAUUUUUACAAAUUUAACGGCAAAACUGAAAGAAAUUUUAUGGUACAUAUUUUACGACUUGAAAAAUUAGUCGGAGACAAAAUACCUGUUUGUCACGCUGAUGAAUUGAAUUAUGUGUUCCCCAUGAAAAAAGUCAACCUGAAACUUGACAAAAACACGAAAAGUUUCAGAAUAAUUGAAAAUGUUACGAAACUCUGGACUAAUUUCGCUAAGUACGGACACCCCACACCUGAUGAUAGUUUUGGAUUUAAAUGGACACCGUAUACUUUGGAUGAGCAGGCGUACCUCGAGAUAAACGAGAAUUUAACAAUGGGAACGAGACCUGACAAGGAUGAAGUCGAUUUCUGGGAGAAUAUCUACAGGGAAUUCUUGCCGAGUUCUAUUCCGUACUAA